AUGAAAAUUUCGGAAAUUGCUGAUGAACUUGUUAAAUUUGAACGAAUUCAAUUAUUUCCUGAAUUACAUCAAUUAAAUGUUUCUGUAAUACCUUCAAUCAAACAAAAUGAUUUGAUCAACACAUUAAUCGUGGCUGAAUUGAGAUGUGCUCGUGGAACAGUCAAACCACCAGCACAGCAAGUACCUAAUAAAGGAACUGUUCUUAGUUUUGAUUUAAAACGAAUCCAUCCUGGAAUGCUUAAUUAUUGGAAUGCUUUAAAUCAUCUUAAAUGUGUUGAAUUUUGUGUAUUUCCUUUUAUUCGUGUUGGACAUACAACAACUUUAAUUAAUACAACUUCAAUUGAAGAAAAACGAAAAACAAAUUUAAAAUAUAUUUUUAGAGCUAGAGAAUUAUGUGAAUUAAUGCUGGAAGAAAGGCCAAAAAAAGAAAAAACAAAUUUUAAAGAAGAACAACAAAGAAGGCAAAUGGAAGAAUCAAAACUUUUGGAAAGACAUUUUCGUUCAUCAAAUAAUUCUCAAAUAAUUAAAAUUAAAUUAAUUUUAAUAUUUAUUUUUUGUUUUUUUAUCCAAUUUUUGUAUUAUAAAAUAUAA